AGAAAACCACUCCUAAACCCUAGACCGUUCCUUUCCCCGUCCGCAGCUGCAAUUUCCAGACCCAUUCCCCCAGAUCGUUCCUCCAUGAAGGACAGCGACGAGGCCGAUGCCAACCGAUCCAAGCUCGCCGACGAGGACCGCCUCAGUGCGCUGCCCGACGACAUCCUUAUCCACAUCCUCCUCAAGCUCUGCAGUGCCGCCGCCGCCGCUCAGACCAGUGUACUCUCCAGCCGCUGGCGCCGCCUCUGGGUUCUUCUCCCGGAGCUUGAGCUUUCCGACGGCGCCGCUCACCGCAUACACCAUGCUCUCGUGGCCAACGAAGCGCCGGUCCUCCGCCGCCUAGUCGCCUUUGACGUUGAAGCCUACCCCGACUCCUUGCGCGCCUGGCUCCCCAUCGCCGCGCACCGCAUCUCCGGCGAUAUGAUCUUCCACAUCAGUAACCGUAACCUGGGCGGGAGAAGAGUUGAGCUCCCAUGCUUCGAGAACUCCACCUUCAUCUGGCUCAACCUAGGGUCUCUUCGCCUCGCGAUGCCGGCGUCUGGUGCAUUCGCUCGUCUCACCGAGCUCUUCCUGGAACAGGUCCAGCUACUUGGCGAGUGCCCGCUCAGUGAUGUUGUAUCUUCGUUGCGGUGCCCAGCCUUGCGGGUACUCACUCUCCGCAAUGCUCAAUUUAUUGGCGACGGUGACUUUACCGUCCAUUCGGACUCUCUCCGGACAAUUCAGCUGGCGAAUCUGUAUGGCUUGGACAAAUUCACCGUCCACUCAGAGUCUCUCCUUCAAAUGAAGCUGCUGAAUCUGAAUAAACUUCAGCAGCUAACUGUUGUGGCACCAGCACUUGAAGAGUUAACCGUGGCCUACUGCUUUAUUAAUUCUAUGAAUCUGGGUCAACUGGUUGGGACUGCGAGCAUCUCAGCUCCCAGUCUGUUGGUGCUUACCUGGAAGGAUGCUUAUCAUCCUAGCUCUUUUGAACUUGGCCAGAUGGCUCAUCUCCAAUGCUUGGAAGUUGGUAUGUUUCGGACAUACGGAGGACCAGACAAUUUGUCAGCCAAUUCUCAUAUACUGAGACUCUUGCAGUGCUUCAGGUUCAGGGUCAUGCAAAAACUAAAGCUCACUCUGGUCUAUCAGGCGGACAUGUUUGACAAACAAUACUUGAUGGAAGACAUGACAAGGCUCCCUGGCAUUACAUUCUUGUCCCUUGAUGUUGCUGCACAAGGACACUCAUUUGGACCCUGUGUGUUCCAUCUCCUCAGGAUGUGUACUGGUGUUACAAAACUGGCACUUGAUCCCGCUUUCCACUUUAAAUUUCAGGAGCCAUGCCCAUCAGAUUGCCCAUGUGGUCAGCCAUCAAACUGGAGAACUGAGGCACUCGUGCUGGAUCGCCUCCAGGAAGUAGAAUUCAAAAACAUAAGAGGAACUGGACAUGAAGUUGCCUUUGCAAAGCGACUUUUCAGUUGCGCGACAGUCCUAAAACAGAUGACGGUGACUUUCGAUCGGUCAAUCACUGAAAGCAGAGCCAUUAAAAAGUUCUGCAAUAAGUUACUAAGCUUCUCCAGGCCAGAGAUACAUAUGGAAUUUUUCAUGUACCGCCUUGACGAGACGGUUUUGUAUGUUCCAGAAGACUGAAGCACUGGCUUGACCAUAGUUUUCCUAUUGGUAUCAACUGUGCUCCAUGCGAAGACCAAAAUGCUAUUUCACAGAUCCUUCUGAAAUGUUGUAAUUGCACCAUCCUGUGUUGCAGAAUGUAGAUCGUAGGCUUGCUUCAUCAUCAUUUGCAUGUUUUGCUUUUUAGUAUGGAAGUUUAAUCUACCUUUUACUUAUCCUGUGUUCACUGUUUCGCUUGAAAAACCCUUCUCUUCGUAUGGGCGAAAUGCGAGUAUCUCAAUCAUUUUAUCCCA